CAAAGUAAGAAGCCUGGUCCUGUAAAUGAUUUUGGAUUACAAUUCAUGGAAGACAUAUUUAGGAUAGAGCAGACAAUUGACCGCAGAACGCCAAGUGGGGUUCUUUCUCUAGCCGCUGUAAUUUGCAUUGAACAAUUCAGCAGGUGAAUGCACUUAACUCAUUAUAUUUUGGGUGAAAUCUUUUAUUUGGUCAUUGGGUCAAUGCAUUCAUCAAAAGGAUUAUACAUUAACAAAUUCUAGACUAAAGUAUAUAGCUGAAGUGCAUGAAUAAAAAAGGUUAUACAUUAGCAAAUUCAAGAUCAGAGUAUAUAACUGAAGUGCUCUAUGAAAUGUUUUUACUUUUGCAAUUGGAAUUCAUGGCAAAAUUAUUUAUUCUAAAAAUUACAGAAAAAAAUAGUGCAAUAAGAGAAUACAAUUCAUAAUGUAUAUUUUCUGCUCUUCCUUUUCUUUUGCCUUAAAAUGAUUAGAUAUUGGUUCUGAUAAUUUCAGUAGUUUCUUAAAUUGUUUUCCUUAAUCCAAAAAUAAGAAAUGUGGUUCUUGCUAGCUAUGAGUGAGAUAUUCAAGAAUGUAAUUUUCAAUUUAUCAUUUUUACUAAAUGUGUAGCUAAACAGCUCUCCUAUUAGGAUGCAUAUUACUUUUAUUUUCUGGGUUAUAUAGAAUGUCUUAUCGGACAAACUCUGAUCUAUUAUAGUUAUGUAUUACACAGUUAUUUUCGUAUUAAUUUUGGAUUAGACAGUUAUUUGUUGUGCUGUCAUAGUUCUAGUGAUCUAUUGGUAGUGUUGCAGACUUCUGAAAGGGACUUAAGAUGUUAGACAGUCAUUCCUUUCUGUUUGGGGAGAAGAGAAACCGUGUUUGUACUCAAAUUUGUCUAAGAAACCAAAUUAUUUUUAUCUUUAUUCGGAAUUCUGGAUGUUUAUUUCUCAACUUCAAUGAAGUCUGAAUUCCCAGGGGAUUGUGGAGGAAUGGACCCACAACAUCAAGCACGCCCACCUCUGAUCUUAACAGGGAGGGCUGUUGCCAUGAUGAAUGGAUUGACUGGGAAGAAAAUGCAGAAAAUAUUUGGAGCUCUAGUGCCUGAAUCUGUAUAUAAUGAUGCCCGUAAUUUGGUUGAAUAUUGCUGCUUUAGAUUUUUGUCUAGGGAUGGUUCUGCUAUUCAUCCUUCCCUCCAGGACCCUGCAUUCCAGAGGUUGAUAUUCAUAACCAUGGUUGCCUGGGACAAUCCUUAUACCGAUAACCUUUCCAGCAAUGCAGAGAAGACUUCUUUACAGCAGAAUAAACUUGUCACUGAGGAGGCUUUUAUUCGUAUUGCUCCUGCAAUCUCUGGUGUGGUUGACCAUCCCACAGUGCACAAUCUUUUCAAGGCUCUUGCUGGCAAUCAAGAGGGCAUUUCUGUGACCUCAUGGCUGAAUUACAUUAAUGAGUUUAUCAAAGUGCGUCAAAAACAGAUAUCGCAUCAGAUUCCAGAGUUUCCUCAACUGUCUCAGGAGAGAAUUUUAUGUACUAGUUCCAACAGUAAGCGACCUGUUUUGAAAUGGGAGAAUAAUAUGGCCUGGCCUGGCAAACUUACUCUAACAGAUAAAGCAAUCUAUUUUGAGACAGUUAGCAUACUGGGGGAGAAGAGAGCCAUGAGAUUGGAUCUUACAACUAAUGGUUUACAAGUAGAGAAGGCAAAGGUUGGGCCGUUAGGGUCUUCACUUUUUGACUCUGCUGUUUCUGUUUCCUCUGGCUCAGAGACAAAGUGGGUGCUGGAAUUCAUUGAUUUAGGAGGUGAGAUGAGGAGGGAUGUUUGGCAUGCACUUAUAAAUGAAGUCAUCACUCUACACAGGUUUAUACGUGAGUAUGGACCUGAUGAGUAUGAUGAGUCACUUUUUAAUGUAUAUGGAGCUCGCAAAGGAAGUGAUAGGGCAACAAGCUCUGCUAUUAAUGGUAUUGCUAGACUCCAAGCCCUUCAAUAUUUGCGGAAGUUGCUUGACAAUCCCACCAAACUAGUUCAGUUCUCAUAUUUACAGAAUGCACCACAUGGUGACAUUGUCCUCCAAACUUUAGCUGUUAAUUACUGGGGAGGUCCACUAAUUACAGGAUUUGUAAAUACCCGCAAUCAGUCAGAAACUCGACCUUCUGAUGAAAUAGCUGAUAGCCGCAACCAUGUAUUUGACAUAGAUGGAAGUAUCUACUUGCAGAAGUGGAUGAAAUCUCCAUCUUGGGGUUCAAGUACUUCCACUAACUUUUGGAAGAACACUUCAGUAAAAGGUUUAAUAUUGAGUAAGAAUCUUGUUGUGGCUGAUUUAUCAUUCACAGAAAGAGCAGCAAAAAUAAGCAGACUAAAGUACCACGUUGUGGAGAAGACUCAAGCCACCAUUGAUGCUGCAACUCUACAAGGCAUACCCAGCAACAUUGAUCUUUUCAAGGAGCUAAUGUUUCCUUUCGCCAUGAUUGUGAAAAACUUUGAAAAGCUUAGGCAUUGGGAGGAGCCACACUUGACUAUUGCAUUUCUUGGACUCACCUAUACAAUACUUUAUAGAAAUCUGGUGUCGUAUGUGUUUCCCAUGAUGCUGAUGAUUUUGGCAGUUGGCAUGCUCACAAUCAGGGCCCUUAAAGAGCAAGGCCGCCUAGGACGAUCUUUUGGUGAAGUCACAAUACGUGAUCAGCCCCCAUCCAAUACUAUACAAAAGAUUAUUGCUGUAAAAGAUGCCAUGCGUGAUGUUGAGGAUUUUAUGCAGCAAGUGAAUGUCGCUCUCCUCAAAAUACGUUCCGUUUUACUGUCUGGCCAUCCACAGAUAACUACUGAGAUUGCAAUGGUACUGAUAUCUUCUGCAACCAUACUCCUCAUUGUCCCGUUCAAGUACAUCUUUUCCUUUCUUCUCUUGGAUAUGUUCACAAGGGAGCUUGAGUUUCGGAGAGAAAUGGCUCAGAAGUUCAUCAAAAUUUUGAGAGAACGGUGGCAUGCAGUGCCUGCUGCCCCCGUGUCAAUUUUACCAUUCCAAAAUGAAGAAGCCAGAUCAGAAAUUUACUUGAAAGAAAUAGAGGACCAAUCAAAAUCACAAGGAAAUCAGGGCAGUGGAAAGUCCAGGGUUUCCAUAAGUGCCUCUGCAGCAAUACUCGUCAGUGUUAAAGACAUCACAGGCACUGCGGCAAGCAAUAACUUUGUCACCUUGCUUUGAAGCUAGCUGGGGUGGACAAUUCUUCCUCAAAUCUCCAUCACAGCCAGCAAUGCUACAGUUCCCAGUGCCAUUAACAGCUUUUACUGUCACGGGCAAGUUGAAGCCAUCUACAAGGCUAACAUCAUAGAAAUCAGGUUCACCAAGGGUAAAGUCAGCAAUUGUGGCAGGUGGGGUUCCUGGACCUGUACAGUUAAUGUUGGUACCACAAGCACCUGUUUCACAAUUGCCAUUGCCAUUCUUGUCAAAGUUGCAGCCUGUUCUAGCCCAUAUUCUUCCACUCCAUCCAACAGCAGCUGUGUGCACUUUUGAUUGGCCAGGAUUUAAUGCAUCUCCACUGAAGUUAUCACUUCCUGUUAUGGCAGGCCAUAUUGUCUCCUUGCAGUUGACCAAAGAUGGAGAUUAUAAAAGUGAAGAAGUUACCAGAUGAAAUAACAGCAAAGAUGAAAAGAAGUGCACUAUGAUGAUUAGCCAUAUAUCCACUGAUACAGUUGAUUACAUUACAUUGUCUCCAAUCGUCAACGUGCAUGGAAUGAGAGAUUGUGAGCUAUUUAUGAGUAUGCUCAAUGAAAGGAGUUGAAGAAUACGUGAAGAAGAGAGUGAAUCUAUUAGUACUGACAACUCUAAAAGCUUUCCUUCCUUGCUCAAGGCCAAAAUUUCAGAGGAUACCUUGCUCACCAUUGUCAUACUCAUUAUGUCCUUCUAUUCAAUAAAUUUGUUAUGCACUUUUUCACUUUUCCAACUUCUUUAUGUUGUCUUGUUUUUAAGACUUCAUCCUUGUGGCCUUGAACUGUGAUAAGGAUUGAACAAUGCAUAUGCAUAUAUAUCAUUUCAG